AUGAUAAUGCCAAAAAAAUAUGAACAACAAGAAGAAAAACAAAUAGAAACACAAUCCUCAAAUGAUGAUAGUAAUAAUCAACCUACGAAAAUGGCACCAAUGACAACAGAUAACGACGAUGAAAAUUAUCCAUCAGUCAAACGUUUAAAACGAAUUGUUGCUUCAAAUGCAGACCGAUCAGAAGAAAAAACCGAUGAUAUUAUUAGUGAUGAAGAAUUAAAUGAUCAUUAUUUAGAAGCUGAAUUACUGUUGAUUUUACAUAUUUCAAAAUUCAAGGUAGAAAAGUUAACUAAAAUACAAGAAAUUAUCAAACACGUUUUACCAAUACAAAAAACAGAACAAGAGUUAAUAUUGAAUGAAUUAGGAUUAAAUUUAAAUAUCAUUGACGAAUUAAAAACAAUCGUGUUAACUAAUCAAAUUAUUCGUAUUAUUGAAACAAUAUAUUUUACUUUAACAAAAAAGCAAAUUGAUAAAAAUGAUCUAAAAAAAAUAAUUAAGGAUAUUGACAUUGAAUUUGUGCGAGUUCGAAGAGCAUUUCCACUGAGAGGAUUUAGUGGAAGAAAAAAAAUUUAUGUGAAUGCUGAUCAUUUUCUGUUACAGUAUAAAUAUGAUAAUCCAUCUCCACCUUUGGAAUUAUUACAAUUGGAUUUAUUAACAUUACUUUUUCAUGAAAGUAUGCAUACCAUAUCACGUGAUAUAGAAAACAACUAUAACUUAAGUAAGCCAAUUGAUUAUACAGAUGCCAAUGCAAAAGAAUCUGGUGCGUGCAUUGAAACAUAUAUAUUUUCGUGUUCUCCAAAUUGGGUAGAAAUAUAUAAAAAUAAUAUUAUAUCUGUUCGAGAAAUAAAUUCAAUUUUGAAUGCAUUUAAAGCAGAUCAACGUGUAUCAUUAUUGAUACCACAAGGUCUGAAUUGUUUUGUGAGAAAUGUUUCCACAAUGGCAUUAGAUAUAACAUCCAUUGAUUUUGGAAAAUCAUGGGAAGUUUAA